AUGCCUUUAAUUAAUCACAUAUGAUGAACGGAAGCUAGCCUCUUUAUUGUAGAGCCAAGUACGAUAUUUCGUCGGUAAUAUGGAAUUAAUCGUCGAGAUCAAGAUUGUUAAAGUUCGAUACAAAUGAAAGUUGUUCCGAAACAAAGACGAGUGGAAGGAAAUGUGCAUCUGUGCAGUCAACAGCUCAACACCACUAGAGCUAGAGAACUACGGAUAUCCUCUUUAUUUCCGAUGUAUACGGAAGACGAGCAGCUUCGUCAAAAUUACCAGCAAUUGAAAAUCAUUGUUUAGUGCCCCGGGUACCGACGUGGUUGCGAUCGUGUACAGUCUCUAUACUGUGUAAUUUCGAGAUCGAGAUUGAGAUUUGCGCGUCGAGUUCUCAAGUCGUGUGUUGGUGACCAAAAUGAAGUUUUGUAUAAAUCAACAGUUUUUGCUAUUGAUCCCAUUAAUAUGUCUGAUAAGGAUAUCAUCGGCUCAACAUGGACAACAGCAUGACACAGAGCAUCACACGUACCCGAAAUACUUCUUCCAAUACGACGUAAAAGACUACAAAACUGGCGACGUUAAAAACCAAUGGGAGCAACGCGAGGGAGACACCGUCAAAGGUCAAUACAGCUUGGUCGAACCAGACGGCUCGAUCCGCACAGUAGACUACACAUCAGACGAGAAAAAUGGUUUCAACGCGGUGGUGAAAAAAACAGGAUUCCAAAAGGCUGCCCCAUCCAUACACCCCAGCAUUAGCCCAGGAGCGCAAUCAUACUACAAACGCCCAUCACCUCCGACUAUACAAUCCUACAUCCUCGAAACUAGUUCGACCACAGUCAAACCCCAACCGAAUCUCGAAAGCUUCAGUAAUUUUUCACCCGCUGAACUAAAUCACAUCUUUGGGUCGCAAGAUUUCGCCAAUUAUUUCCCUCAGUACCCCGAAAAGCAACAACUCUACUCGAGCUUCUCGACCGAAUCUCCGAAUGAAUUCUCUUACUCGAGGGUUCGUUAUAGGAGGCUGCCAAAUGGUAAAGCUCCUGGACGUAACCAUGGACCUUUGCAGUUCCCAAUUAACGAAGAGGAUAUGACCACGACGGUGACUAGUUCGCCAAAAAAAGUCAGACAGAAUAAAGUCAUUAAUACCGAAGCCGGUGCCAGAUUUAAUCAAAAACGAUCUCAGCAAUCGUCGCAAAGUGCUUGGAGAGGUAUUUAAAAUUCAAUCCGGUCGAGAUAUCAGGUUCCUGCUUUUAAAUCAGAUCACAUAGGCAAUGAAAUAAUAGCGUGUAGAUAACUUCUUUGCCUACUGUAUUCAACUACCUAUUCAUGGUCUUCUACGACGCCGACGACGUGAAAAACCAUAACAACGUGUCGUCUAUUAAAUUCUGAUUUCCUAGGUAAUUAUGCAUUCUUUCAAUUUUAUACAUCUUCACACGUGAUAAACACUGGAUAUACGCAGGUGAGUAUUCCCUCAUACUUUUAUUAUUAUCUGUGUCGUCUUUCUAAACGAUUAUAUAACGCGCGUUUUCACACCCAGACGUUCGCAGCUACUAGUUUACGGUUACACGACUUUUCUUGGUUGGUGAAUCAUGCUCAAAAUAAUAAUUAUUUUAUACGUUUAUUUGCCUUCGUUUAUUUUUUUCAUUAUUCGAAUCAAACAUUAUAAGUCUGUUUUUGUAUAAAUUAUCGAGUUUUUUUUUCUUUCAUUAGUAAGUAGAUAUGUAUGUUUUAAAUUUGUUUCAUUAACUUUCAUCGUAGGUAAUUUUUUGUAUAUUUUGUUAUUUUUCAUUGUACAAGUUAAUUAUUAUAUUUUUUGAAUUUCUUUUGAAUAUAGUUUUUCAUGUUAUAA